AUAUGAUGGGCACGCCGGAAUUAAAAAUCAUAUUAGAAUUCAGUGCAGGGGCGGAGUUACUAUUUGGUAACAUAAAACGCCGUGAAUUGAACUUGGACGGUAAACAAAAAUGGACUAUUGCUAAUCUGCUUAAGUGGAUGCAUGCGAAUAUUUUAACGGAGCGUCCGGAACUUUUUCUUCAAGGAGAUACUGUGCGACCUGGAAUUUUAGUACUCAUAAAUGAUACAGACUGGGAAUUGCUGGGUGAACUGGACUACGAGCUGCAGCCCAACGACAAUGUGUUGUUUAUAUCAACUUUACACGGUGGUUAAAAAACGUUCUGGAAUCUAAAUUAUAGGAGAAAAGUUUAUUUUUAUACUACAACCCAUUAAAUUGUAUUCAAAAAACAAAC